AACAAUCAGCUGAGUGGGUCUCCAGUUUUCGCGCUGUGUAACACGUCACAAACUUAAACAUAACCACUCGAAAUCCGGAAAGGGGAAUCUGUGCCGUAUUCAUACUGUGAUAAACAAUUAUAUUAAAAAUUGUUAUCCAGAGAGGAAAAAUUAAAACAUGCGGUGGUUCCACCAGAUCAUGGUGGCGGUGUGUUUAACGCACCAGAUUCAUGCAAUCACCUUUUACUUAAAACCAAACUCCAAGAGGUGCAUCAGAGAAGAAGUUUUGAAGGGUGUAUUGGUUUCAGGCGAAUACACUCUAUCGGAUUCACCGGGACACAAAACAGAUCUAUCGGUGACGGAUACGAACGGCCAUAUCCUGUCACAUCGCGAAAACAUUCAUGGCGACAAGGGGAAGUUUGCGUUCACCACAGACGCUUAUGACGUCUUCGAGGUAUGUUUCACAACAAAGCUCCCGCCCGGCGUUCAGGGCCAAGACCGCGAGAUUCAACUGAUUCUGAAGCACGGAUCUGAGGCUGUAAACUAUGAAAAGGUCGCAGAAGUUGAAAAACUCAAACCCCUUGAGUUAAAACUGCAACAGCUAGAGGAUUUGAGCGAAAACAUCGUGAAAGACUUUUCGCACAUGCGCCGGCGGGAAGCAGAAAUGCGCGACACGAACGAGUCAACGUCGAAUCGAGUCCUCUACUCAUCCAUUUUGGGCAUGUGCUGUCUCCUGGGCCUUGUUGGUUGGCAAAUCAUUUAUCUUCGAAGGUACUUCAAGUCAAAGAAGCUCAUCGACUAAACAGCGCUUAGAGAAUUCCAGUUUUCGUAUCUGAGAAACAUCAAAACUCUCUCUGUCUGGAACCAUUGUUGCUUCGACAAUUUGCAGUACUCUCUUCGUCAACGCAAGCAUUCAAACAUUAACUAGAGAAAGUGAACUUCGAGGUGAACAGUGUUCCGUUUAGCAACUACCUAAGUUGAUGUACUUUUACUUAUCUUAUUAUGCGCCAGAAUAUAAUUCGAAGUAUUGCAAACAACUUCUUCCCCCUUUUUUAUAUACGUUUUCGUAAAUAACUAAGUUGAAUCCCAUCAGCAAUACUGAUCCAUCGAUUAAAACCGUACGGCAUCGAUGGGAAUCUAUGAUGUGACUUCUGGUUGCGUUUUUAUUUGCUUGUUCGUGUUGAUUCUUUCGCCGUGUGACAGGUAUUUGCAAAUUUCAAUUUAAUUCGAAAAGCUCGACCAGUUUGCACUGCGUGUCCUUUAGGAAAAUUUUUUUUUGCUAUAGGCUUCUUACUUUUAAAAAGUGAACUUCUUAGAGGAAUGCGAUCGAGAACAAAACCCAGCGAGAAAGGUGAAUGUACACAGUAGUAAAUAGCCAGAAAAAGUGAUACGGAAACAGCCUUCAGGAGCCCUACAGCUAUGACGAAUUGUCUUUGCCAUUUUAGGCUUUGACCUUACCCGCAAAUACCUAUGGAUUUUCAGUUUCUAUGUUCUAUUAUCUUCGAACGCAAUGCUUUUACAUUUCUGUUCUGCUACAGAUCAUUACUGCGGCAUAUAUUGGAAUACGAACGCGCUCUGCUGAAAUCUUAGGGCAAAAUCGACGUAUCAAGUAAUUCACUGGCAAUGUGCAAAAAGUAAUAAAUGGGACAUUUAGUGUCAGUAGUGGGAUGAUAAUUAGUAAAAUGAUAAACAAUAAUAUAAUGCCAAUAUUUACUUUGUAGCAGGAAUUAGACUUUGGUAAUAGGAUUUAUUUCACAAAAUGAAAUUUUUAUAUAUGGGAAAGUGGCAAGAUGAAAACGAAAUAAGGACCUAUUGAAAUAUACUAAUUACCUUGCGAUAUAACGAAAUGGUGUGGUUAAUGAAAAAUUUGUUGAUCAGAUAUCGUGUGUAUAAUUGUAUGUCGAGAUAAGUGCGAAACGAAGUGGAUGUGCAACAUAUAUAAAGUGAAUGUGAGAUGUGUGUUAGAUCGAGCUUCUUCAGAUUAGGGGACUAUUUAGAUACAUUAGGAACGUCAACUAAUAACGGUAGAGAAGCAGUCUUAAUGAAAUAAAAGGAAAACGAAAGCAGUGUUGGAAAAUGUGCACGAUCUGGUAUUUUGAUAAGAAGAUAAUUACUAGAGAGACUGAACAAAAGACAUCAGGCCGUCUAGUAGACGUUUGUAGAUGUUGGUUAAUGGUCCUAAUGAACCUUUUGUUAUAAUGACAUCGCUCAUCGCUUUCGUGUGCAUCUGAUUAAUUUACUCUAAAUAUACCAAGAGUUUAUUACACUUGGAUAUAUUGUUGUGUCAAAUUUUGCGUGAUAUCAAGUUUUCUAUGCACUCCUAAGUCGCCUGGAAAAAUCUAAACACUGUUUCAAUAGGAACAAAGCAGAACUCCAAAGUUUGACUAUACUUUUUAAUUCCCUGCGGCACAUAAUGAACUGCUGACAGAAAGUAUUGUCAAAAGUCCCAAUAUGUUUUUUUUUCUGAAGACGGGCCCCUUUAUACAGUUUUUGAAAAAAUUAAAUUUUGCCAUGUGUUCUGCGGUCAAUUCCCGAUACGAAAAGAGCGGACACGAGAACGACCAUUUACACAGACUUGGUUCCGCCUGUUGCACCCAUAAUGUGUGCUGUCGUGGCUGUAAAAGAUGCUCGCCGUUUAAAAGUAAGCGUCAAACGAGCUAUGUAUCCAUAAAGAUUUUGGGCACGAUUGCUCUCUGAUCUAAUCUUGCAAGGAAUAAUGUCCAAAGAGCGCGCUGAGUUAACUCUGCUAAUGCGUAUCAUAAAAAGGCACUGAAAAUAGAAACAAGAUAAGGCACAUGGAUAAAAAGGACAAAUUAGGCUAAUUCGUUUUUAAAACACUAUUCCUUGUUGCUCCUACCGUCUUUAUACGACCUGUAGGCCAAUCCUAACAGCAAAACCUUACCUAGAGACGGCAUCGAAGAGAUGAUGACUAGAACAGAUGUCAUAUACACUAGGAAAAGAAAACAAAUGAUAUGUGUGAGUAGAAUCAAUAAAAAUUCGAAUGAAAAACACA